AUCCCAGUCGUCCAAUCGCGAUCGUCGUUACAAAUCAGUAACGGUGAAACAUUUGGCGGGGAAGCUGAGUAGUCAAGAGACCGGUGUGCGAAUAGAUGCUAAUUUCUUGAGAAGUAGUUCGUGAUAUACCAUUCAUUCCGUUUUGGAAUUUCAAACAUAAAGGAUUAUUCAUUUCUUUUGAUAGUUAAGUUUGGUCUUUACUGAAAAUAUUCAUUUGUGAAGUAUAUUAGUAUAUUUCCUAGCCGGUGGAUUGUUCAUACUGCGCAGGAAUUUUUAAGAGCGCCAAAGAGGAAUUGUCGCGGAUACGGAAGUGAUUUUGUUGACUCACUGUUAGAGAAGGGCAGGAUUACUGUUAUACAUUGAACACUAACACAAUCCGAAAUGGCUGAUCAAUUGACAGAAGAGCAAAUUGCAGAAUUCAAAGAAGCUUUCAGUCUUUUUGAUAAGGAUGGCGACGGCACCAUCACAACCAAAGAGUUGGGAACAGUCAUGCGUUCUCUGGGGCAAAAUCCAACAGAAGCUGAACUUCAAGACAUGAUCAAUGAAGUUGAUGCUGAUGGUAACGGGACAAUAGAUUUUCCUGAGUUUCUCACUAUGAUGGCCAGAAAAAUGAAAGACACUGACAGUGAGGAGGAAAUUAGAGAAGCAUUCCGUGUCUUUGAUAAAGACGGCAAUGGAUUUAUUAGUGCUGCUGAACUUCGACAUGUUAUGACAAAUUUGGGUGAAAAAUUAACAGAUGAGGAAGUAGAUGAAAUGAUUAGGGAGGCUGAUAUUGAUGGUGAUGGUCAAGUAAAUUAUGAAGAGUUCGUAACGAUGAUGACAUCCAAGUAAUGGUUUGAAUGGUGUGUUAGCUUGUUCUUCAUCUUCAUUGUUUUCUACCACUGUCAUCUGCACUUAGUGCGAUCAAGAGCUCAAAACAACUGCUCCAAAUGGUGAUCUGGACCUUGACGUUGCAGCAUGCCCGGGUGAUGAAUGGACUGAUUGUAGACUGCAAACCAGUGUCAUUUUCUUUUUCUUUGGAUGUGUAUGUGCAUGAGACUGUAGAUUGGGCUAUGAUUGGUGCAGUCAUGACAUUUUUACUUUGUCUGCUGAUAUUUAUACAUUAUAAAUGUCACAUUGAACACAAGGUAUUGGAUGGUUGUUUUCAAUUGUAAUACAUUUCCAUUUUUACUGGCUUUCUGAUAAUUAUUUUUUUAUCCUUUUUUUUUUUAAAAAAGUUGGGAUUAUAAUAAUCUAAGCGUUCUUAACUUGAAUUUGGCUAAGUUGCUUAUCUGAAUCAAUUUGAUCUGAUGUGCGGGAUGGGGUGGGGCUUAAAAACUUUAACCCUCUUUCAAUAAUUGUUUAGCAUGUUUGUGUUUAGUCAGUGUGUAUCUGGUCUAUAUAAGGAUCUCAUGUGAGUGUUAGUUUUCUGGUUUAUAUUAAUUUCUGUGACAAUUCAUAUCUUUCCCUUAAUAAAAAAAAAAUUAUGCUGCACAUUGCAACAAAGCAAUUAUCUUUGUGUGCUCUUAAUUUAGGGCUUGUUUAAUUGAUCACACAAAGGGUUUGCACAACAGCACAUUUCAAAUUUUGAAGGUGCACACAAAAGAAUGCCCUGUGUUGUGAUAUGCUUUAUUACAGUUACAAGUAAUAAAGUUGUCCAUAUUUUAUUUUUAACUUCUUUUUUCUAAAAGUUGUAAUUUGUAUGUUGUUUUGGGACCAUUACAAGAUAGCUAUAGAGAAUUUUUGAGCAGGGUUAGAAUUUCUUUUCAGUUGAACAUUACUACAAGUAUCUGUCACAGACAUGAGGCUUAUUUCCAGCCAUCUUGUUCAAUUCUGCUUUUAGUGACUAUAGCUUCUGUAAUGCCUGUUUUAAUUUUUUUUAAUAUAUACGACCUAAAUAAAGUUACAGGUUUCUUUUAUUCUGCCCAGUGUUUUGUUUCUUGCUUAACAGCUGUUGAAAUUCCAUUCCUGCUUAAUUGCAUAUUGAAAAGAAAUGUACAAAAUGGCAAUGAUUUGGGUGGUCUUGUAACAUUUUAAGAAAUUUAAAGUUCUGAAUUUUGUGUUUAGGUCUUUUUUUUCUCCCCUUACAUUUUGCCUUUCUAUAAACUACCUGAAUUCUUUUCUCACUGCACUAAAAAUUUUUAUUGUUUGUAUUUUCAAACAAACAACUUUGUAGAUGAAAAAUAAAAUGUUAUUGCUCUUAA